UGUUAAUGAACGUUUAUAUAGGGCUGUUACAGAAAAAAACGGCCCCAAAUGCUUUAACCGUGGCUGGGUAAGCUAGGUUGCUAACUGUCUGUUUCUGAGGCAGACCCGGCUGUGUGUUGCUGUGCUGGGAUUAGAAUCAUUAAUAAUGGAGGAUAAAGACUUUCUGCUGGCUCUGCAGUUACAGGAACAGUUUGAUAAUGAGGUUUUGGCUCACACAUGGAGCGAUGACAACAGUGACAGUUAUCCUCUGAGUAAAAAGCGGAGAGUUGAGUCGGACUGGGAUGUGGUGGAGUAUUCCCAGCCUGUACAGCCGGAGAGACCGCUGUCUAUAGUGGAUGAAUCGUGGGAGACGCUGGAUCCCAGUCCGGAUAUCAGAGCCACGUUUCUCGAGUUCAAUGACAUGCUUUUCUGGGGGAAACUCAGCGGAGUCGAGGUCAAAUGGAGCCCAAGAAUGACACUGUGUGCAGGUGUAUGCUCUUAUGAAGGAAGAGGUGGUCUGUGUUCUAUCCGUCUCAGUGAACCUCUUCUGAAGCUCAGACCACGGAAAGACCUGGUGCAGCCUGUUGUGUUGAUCCGUCCUCAGACGCUCCUGCACGAGAUGAUCCACGCUCUGCUGUUUGUGACUCAAAACAACAGAGACCGUGACGGUCAUGGACCAGAAUUUUGCAAGCACAUGAACAGAAUAAAUAAAGCCACCGGAACCAAAAUCACAAUUUAUCACUCCUUCCAUGAUGAGGUAGAUGUGUACCGGCAGCACUGGUGGCGCUGUAAUGGGCCGUGUCAGAACCGCAAGCCCUUCUUCGGCUAUGUAAAAAGAGCCAUGAAUAGAGCUCCGUCAGCUCAAGACCCCUGGUGGGAAGACCAUCGGAGAACCUGUGGAGGAACGUACACGAAAAUCAAAGAACCGGAGAAUUAUGGAAAAAAGGGCAAAAAUGGUGAGAAGAAGGAAAAGAACGCCUCAAAGAAGCCUGCAGACAAACCCAAACCAUCCACCAGCACUGCAGUUUCUGGUUCUCAGGACAUCAGGAACAUCCUUCCAUUCAGCGGGAGGGGGUUUCUUCUAGGAGGAAGCACACAGCCAUCAACUUCUAUACAGAAACCACCUAUCCAAAGCCCUCCAAGUAAAGCCCCACCAUCACCAAUGACUGUACAGGAACCAGCCAAAACUCCCCCCACAGACCUCUUCCUGCCUCGCAAUGGGACAGUGCUUCCUAAAAGAUCUGUCAGUAACCACAAUGCUUUUGUGAACAUCAACGGCUCUCCUGUGAGAAUCACAAAAACCAACGGCAGUUUGGUCAGACCAAAACAGAGGACGGUGCAGGACCUUUUUCAGGUCAAAAAAACGAAUUCUCCUCAGAAAGCAAACUCAAAUACAACAACAAACCAGGGGUCUAAAACACUGUCUUCCGGUAGUGCCUCACAAGUGAAACCUUCUCAGGGUACAAACUCUCCUAAAACUGGCAUUUUUAAUAAAAACUCCUCAGGCAGCUCUGACAGACCAAAGCCUCCUUCUGCAGGAUCACCGUUUUCUAAAUACUUUGGUAGCCCUAAAAGUUCUGGAAGUGGAGUUCCAGGUUCCAGUUCUACAAAUCCUAAAACCCAGAUUAAAACGGAAAAGGGAAUUUCAAGCUUCAGUUCGAACAAUUUUGGAAACCCUAAAAGUUAUGGAAGUGGAAUUCUGGGUUCUAGUUCUGGAGUACAGAUUAAAACAGAAAACAAAAUUCCAAGCUCCAAAUUUAGUCAGUUUGGGAGCCAAGAACGUUCUGGACUUCCAGCCUCCAGUUGUACCAGCAUAGGAAGCUCUUCAUCAAGUGCCAACUUAAAACAGGUCAGAAGUCCAGAAAAACCUGGAACAGGUUUUUAUGUACCAGCCUCAAGCUCCAGACCGGUUGGAAGUCCCUUCAAAUCAGGCACCACUUCAGGAGCAAGGAAACGGUUUCGGGAGGAUCAUAAUUCAGCACACAUCUUUGAUUUCUUUCAGCGAGUCAGCCAGUCGCCCACAGCUUCCUCGUCCAGGGUUCAACGUGAGGAGGAAACUGCUUCUGAUGUGCCUGCUUCAGGGGCAUCAGGUGCAAGUAGCACUUCCCUUAGUUCUGCUGCUCUUACUGUACACUGCCCUGUGUGCCAAACGAAAGUGCUCGAGUCCCAAAUUAACGAUCACUUAGACUCCUGCCUCAGGUGAUGAAAACUCAAUUAAACGUAAGUGUUUGUGUGUUUCUGGAUGUGAGUCGCUUUAAGCAGUGGAAGUAACAGUAAUUAACAGUAACAGUAAACUUCAUGUAGGUCCUGAUUGGCGUCCUUGUUGCACUUGUCACCUCUGUUGCAUGCUCAACAUGCUGGUUGAAGAUGCCUCAGGCUAGCACACUGCUUUCCAUCACGUGUAAAGCCACCAACUGCUUUUUUUAGUGGGUAGCUACGGAUUCCUACGCAGAGCUUAACAUGCACAGAGAAACAAGCUUUUCCUCUGCCGAUUGUGCCUGUGAUAACACGGUGCUCGACAACACAGUAGGUGUCUCUGUUGUAGCGGCAUUUUUGUGACCCCAAUCCCAGCCCUCCACCCUCAGACAUGGCCUUUGUCUGAGGGAGGAGGGCUGGGAUAGAGGAAAUAAAAAGGGAAAAUGUUGGAUCGAGAUUGCAAACAAUUAUACCAGAUACAAAUGCAAAACUAGUCGACUAGACGACAACAUUCAGAACCCAGUGGAAAACGGUAAAAUACAUCUGUGAGCGUUUUGUCACUGCACUCCUAGGACACUGGCUUAAAGUAAAAAGUUGUUAAGGCAAUAAACUAACUAUUAGGUAGCUAAAAGCUAGAUUUAAUAGAUGAUUAAGAAAUAAGUCUGUUUUUCCCUGUUGCAUACAAAAAUGGUAUUUUUUAUUUAAUUAGCUGUCAAUAAUAAAUCGAAGGGUCAGUAGAUAUGUUCUAAUUGAAUAGUACUAACUUGGGUCAUUUUAACAAUUGACAUGUUCAGUCAGCUUUUCACCUCAUUGCCUGAACAAGCCUCAUCAUGGCAAGACCACCCUGAUUGGUCAAUGUCUUGGUGAUUGACAGCACUGAGUCAGUGUUUCACAAAGUCCUUCGGUGCCUUCUCAGCAGAUGCUCAUUAUCGAAUUUCACUCCAUCUGCUAUUUACUCUUCACAGGGUCAAACUGGAGCAGGAUAUUUUUAUCUCAUCAUCAAUAACACUUCUACUAUGUCAGUGCUGAGUCAGUGACCCAGCCCAACCCAGUUCUGUAAGACGCCUGUCGGUCUAUUUUAAGGUGAACCUCAACUAACAUUCCACGGUUGGGUUUGUUUUUGUAAGAAAUUGUUAUUAUGAUGUUAUUUUAAUUACUGUGAUAAUGCUGCACUGCGUGUUCUGGAACAAUAGCAUCUUCAAACAAACAGGUUUUAAAUUGUUUGCAAAUAUGUUUACAGUUUUUUCAGACUGACCAUGAUGCUGCUAAAUGUUACAUUGUUUUAACUAUUUG